ACGCAGACGCGCGGGGCCGGGACGCGGGAGCGGACGGCGCGGAGAUGUGGAAUCCGUUGCAGGACCCCGACUCCGCGGGGGUCUCGGGGCGCCGCCCGCGCUGGCUCUGCGCAGGGGUGCUGGUGCUGGCCGCCGGCCUCUUCAUCCUCGGCUUCCUCUCUGGGUGGUUUAUAAAAUCUUCCAAUGAAUCUACUAACACUAUUCCCCAGCAUGGCAUGAAGAAGGCAUUUUUGGAUGAAUUGAAAGCUGAGAACAUCAAGAAGUUCCUAUAUAAUUUUACACGGAUACCACAUUUAGCAGGAACGGAACAAAACUUUGAGCUUGCAAAGCAAAUUAAGUCUCAGUGGAAAGAAUUUGGCCUGGAUUCUGUUGAGUUGGCCCAUUAUGAUGUCCUGCUGUCCUACCCAAACAAGACUCAUCCCAACUACAUCUCAAUAAUUGAUGAAGAUGGAAAUGAGAUCUUCAACACAUCGUUAUAUGAACCCUCUCCUCCAGGGUAUGAAAAUGUUUCUGACGUUGUGCCACCUUUCAGUGCCUUCUCUCCACAAGGGAUGCCAGAGGGGGAGCUAGUGUAUGUUAACUAUGCACGGACCGAAGACUUCUUCACACUGGAGCGGGACAUGAAAAUCAAUUGCUCUGGGAAAAUUGUGAUUGCCAGAUAUGGGAAAGUGUUCAGAGGAAAUAAGGUUAAAAAUGCUCAGCUGGCGGGGGCCAAGGGAGUCAUUCUGUAUUCAGACCCUGCUGACUACUUUGCUCCUGGGGUGGAGCCCUACCCAGAUGGCUGGAAUCUUCCUGGAGGUGGUGUCCAGCGUGGAAAUACCUUGAAUCUUAAUGGUGCAGGGGACCCUCUCACACCAGGCUACCCAGCAAAUGAAUAUGCUUAUCGGCGUGGAAUUGCAGAGGCUGUCGGUCUCCCAAGUAUUCCUGUCCAUCCAAUUGGAUACUAUGAUGCACAGAAACUCUUAGAACACAUGGGCGGCUCAGCACCACCAGAUAGCAGCUGGAAAGGAAGUCUCAAAGUGCCCUACAAUGUGGGACCUGGCUUUACUGGAAACUUUUCUACACAAAAAGUCAAGAUGCAUAUCCAUUCCAACAGUAAAGUGACAAGAAUUUACAAUGUGAUUGGUACCCUCAGAGGAGCAGUGGAACCAGACAGAUAUGUCAUUCUUGGAGGUCACCGAGACUCGUGGGUGUUUGGUGGCAUUGACCCUCAGAGUGGGGCAGCCGUUGUCCAUGAAAUUGUGAGGAGCUUUGGAACACUGGUAAAGGAAGGAUGGAGGCCUAGAAGAACGAUUUUGUUUGCAAGUUGGGAUGCAGAAGAAUUUGGUCUUCUUGGUUCUACUGAGUGGGCAGAGGAGAAUUCCAGACUCCUUCAAGCACGUGGUGUGGCCUACAUUAAUGCCGACUCUUCUGUCGAAGGAAACUACACUCUAAGGGUUGAUUGUACACCACUGAUGUACAGCUUAGUAUAUAAUCUAACAAAAGAGCUGCGAAGCCCUGAUGAAGGCUUUGAAGGCAAAUCUCUUUAUGAGAGCUGGAGUGAAAAGAGCCCUUCACCAGAGUUCAGUGGCUUGCCCAGGAUUAGCAAGUUGGGGUCUGGCAAUGAUUUUGAGGUGUUCUUCCAAAGACUUGGCAUUGCCUCAGGCAGAGCACGGUAUACUAAAAAUUGGGAAAUGAAUAAAUUCAGCAGCUAUCCACUGUAUCAUAGUGUCUACGAAACAUACGAGUUAGUGGAAAAAUUUUACGAUCCAACAUUUAAAAAUCACCUCACAGUGGCACAGGUCCGGGGAGGAAUGGUGUUUGAGCUGGCCAGUUCCACUGUGCUUCCUUUUGACUGUCAAGAUUAUGCUGCUGUUUUGAAAAUAUAUGCUGACAAAAUCUACAACAUUUCAAUGAGGCAUCCGCAAGAGAUGAAAACAUACAGUGUGUCAUUUGAUUCACUGUUUUCUGCAGUAAAGAAUUUUACAGAAAUUGCGUCGAAGUUUAGCAAGAGACUUCAAGACUUGGACAAAAGCAACCCAAUACUAUUGAGAAUUAUGAACGAUCAACUGAUGUUUCUGGAACGAGCAUUCAUUGACCCAUUAGGGUUACCAGACAGGCCUUUCUAUAGACAUGUCAUCUAUGCUCCAAGCAGCCACAACAAGUAUGCAGGGGAGUCAUUCCCAGGAAUUUAUGAUGCUCUGUUUGAUAUAACCAGCAAAGCGGACCCUUCUGAGGCCUGGGCAGAAGUGAAGAGACAGAUUUCUAUUGCAGCCUUCACAGUGCAGGCUGCAGCAGGGACUUUGAGCGAAGUAGCCUAAGAGGAUCCUUAGAGAACCUGUGGUGAAGUAGUACGGCUUAUCAAUGGGUGCACUA